AUGGUCAAGAUGCUGUUGGCGCUGGCCCGCAUCCUGCGCACCAAGGAAGUGCAUCGCUUGCGCAUUAUUGCGUGGAAACAAUCUAACCGCGCCUCUGCGAACAUCCCUGAAGCGCUACAGUACCUGGGCAGCCACAGCAGCACCCUGAAUGAGUCAUUGAAUCGUACACGCAGAGCAGUGUACUGCAUUUGCGUCAAUUUCCCUGUCCCUGGACCGAUCUACGAUGAUCCCACAGACCAUGACGGUCUAGUCCUCAUCAGAGACCCGUCAAUACCAUCGCAUGUGACCAGAAAAUUGGUAUCAGGCUUCCAGGAAUUCACAUUGGUGGAUAAGGAAGUCUCUUGCCGAUUCCGCAUUAGGAUGAAUCAGAGAGGUGGACAACAGCAAUACGAGUAUCGAGCCGCGGCUUUUUCUGGAGUGAGAAGCUUCUCUGGCGUGGCAACUGGCGGUAACAGAGUUUGUGCUGUCUUUGCCUGCACUGGAGACGAUCUGGAAUCUUGUGGCCGAAGAUUUAAAAAUUUUUCCAUAAACUCAACGGCGUCAUUCGAAGAAUUAACCAUUAUUGCAACAGUACCAAAACCCAUCACUGACACAGCGGUUCAAGCUCACGAUUCUUCAUACUUUCCAGUCUCUUUAGACGUGUCUAUUAUGCCUUUGGAAGUCAAAGAAUAUACGUAUACUGAAGAAAGUAAUGGAGAAACAACUAAUUAUACCUUUACAUUGAAUUCUAAUAAGGAAUUGUAUACUUUUGCAGUGUGGGGUAGAAUUUUUGAAAGGGAUGGCCUUGAACCAACAAAGCCUUUACAUGAUUCUAGUUCUGUAAAAGGUUUUAGUAACAUUUUGAUGAUUUUAAUUGCUGCUUUUAUGGUUUUUAAAUAAAAAAUAUCGUGCUUUUGGUGUAAUAUCAUCAUCAUCAUUAUAUCAACCGGAAAACGCCACUACUGAACUUAGGUCUCCCCCAAAGAUAGCCAGACUAGCCGGUCGGACGCGACGUGCAUCCAUUAGUUACCCGCCGCCGUACCAGGUCAUUCGUUCAUGUAGUAGGGCCCCGUCCCACUGAACGCCUUCCUGCGGCAACAGCCGUCAGUUUUCCGAGCUAUAUGCCCUGCCCACUGCCACUCCAAUUUGCUAAUCCUUUGAGCUAUAGCGGUGACUUCCGUUCUUCUACGGAUCUCCUCAUUUCUAUUCGAUCACGCAGAGAAAUGCCGAGCAUAAUUCGUGUCGUUGAGUGACUUUGAACUUUGUGUUGAAUGUGUAUGAGGCCCAUAGUAAGUGACGACGUCUCUGAGCCACUACUCGAAAACUUUUGUCUGUAAGGGCUGCGGUAUUGUGUAUAUAUAUUCCCGAAAGCUGCCUAACCGAGUCGGAUGUAAUAAGGCCACUUUUAAAUAGAAAACUACCGUGAGACUCGAACGUUACCUUCUUCUUCUUCGCUUUGCUCAAUGGCGGUUCCUUCUUUUUAAGAUUUCGCCAGUGUCGAGUUUUCCGCUUAUCAGAAUAAGUUUAAAUAUGUUUCUGUAAAUAUGGCCGCCACAUAGAGGAUAGGCAAUUUGAGGCGGCGUGCUUGGAUUGACUCGGG